AUGAGUUCAACAAGCGAAAGCGAGAAGUCGCUCCUACUUCCAUCAGCACCUGUUAUUAAUGUCUCGCCUUCGGUGACAGUUCAGCCGCCGUUGUCAAGAGCGGGCAAGGGUCCUUCCCUGGUCAUCUUGAUUGAUCAAGAAUCCGUAACAAAGGCCUCGACAGAUAGUAUUGAUCCCCCACCAAUGCAAAAAUGGGCCGAAGAGAAUUUUGUUGUUAUCCAGAUAGAUCUGAGCAAGCUACAUACAAGCUUUGAGGAAACCCUGUCUGAAGCACUCCGGUUUAUCAAGGAUCUUCCUACUUUUGAUGGUAACGAGAAAUCCGGAGUGAUCACAUACCUCUCUUCAUGGCCAGUUGGGGUCGCCGACGUACUUGAAGCAUCCCAAGAAAUAGCUUCAAUAGUCGUCUAUGGGCCGUCAGAAGUUGACUCUACCAAACCGACGCUUUUCCACAAGCCUGGCAACCCACCAAUACCAAUCAANAAAGAUACAUCUAAGAAGAACAAGACCUAUUACUACCCCAAGGUUGAGCCAUUCUUCGUGCUCCCAGCUCACAAGUCUUUCCACGCUUCUUCAGCAUCGGUCUCGCACACCCGUACACUCAGCUUCUUGAAGCCAAUUAUUGGAGGUCCGUGGUUUGAUCUUGAGGAGAUUUGGGAAGAGCAUUGCUUGUAUGAGUUUGGCGAAAGAGCGGUCGAGAAGACCAUGUCUACUAUGGUUCAAGAACCUUAUGUCAACCAUAUUCCCACUCUGACCGGCGGUGUCGGGAGAGCAAGGUUGACAGACUUUUACCGCGACCAUUUCGUCUUCAGCAAUCCAGAAGAUACCGCUCUGGAGUUGGUCAGUCGAACUGUGGGCAUUGAUCGAGUCAUUGACGAGUUCAUCUUCAGCUUCACUCAUGAUAGGGAGAUUGACUGGCUUAUUGUUAACAUCCGAGGCGACCGACUGUACCAUGAGCAUAUCGCAUGGGAUCAAGCUACUGCUCUUGUUCAGCUUGGUCUGCUUCCUGAGUAUCUGAUUUUCCCGUAUUCGAUUGAUGGAAAGACUGCAGCAUCAGGCAAGCACUUCGAGUAUAGAGUACCGGCAGCUGGUGUGGAGACUGCUCAGAAGCUGGUGGACGAGUCUUCUGUAGAGUCGAACCAGAUGCUGAAGUUUGCUCUUCGAGAGGCCGACGACUAG